GAAGUGGGCGUUGUGUCGUCACUUGCGAGCCACUGUCAUGUGAUUGCUCGUUCAACGAGCUGCUGUGGGCAGUAGCUUGCUAACUUCUUUUUUUUUGCUGAAGCAUAAUUUAAACCAACAGGAAAACAUUCGUAUGAUUGUUGGAGAGGGUAAUUAGGCCCGUUUGUGACGGAGCAGAGGGAAGCGGGGUUGUGUCGUGUCGCCCCUCGGACGCGGACAUGGGCUGCUGUUACAGCAACGAGAGCGAGACCACAGAGCAGGACCCUGAUGAACGUAAGCCGCUGAUCCCCCACCCGAACCCUGUCAGCAAACCCCCAAAUGGCACUGACUGGAUCACUACGAGUGUCCCCUCAGCGAGGACGGAUGAACAGGCCCUCCUUACGUCCAUCCUCACCAAAACAGCACAGAAUAUUAUUGAUGUGUCAGCAGCUGACUCUGUCAUGAUGGAGCAGCACGAAUACAUGGACAAAGCUCGGCAAUACAGUACGAAGCUGGCCGUAUUGAGCAACAGUCUGCCCCAGAAGAAAUCCCUCGCGCUCCCCUCGCUCACCAGCCAGCCCCACCAAGUGCUUGCGAGUGACCAGGUGCCAUACUCCGAUAUCCAGCAGGUAUCCAAGAUAGCAGCUUAUGCUCACAGUGCAAUUUCUCAAAUCAAAGUGGACGCUAAAGAAGAACUAGUGGUCCAGUUUGCCAUUCCCUGAUUCUGCGACCCUGGCGCACACGCUGUUCGUCCCAUCCUGCUCUCUCUGUGUGUGACUUCUGCAUCCUCACCCUCCCAGCCCAUCCAUUUUAUUAAAGCCUCUUGGUUCUUGUGCUCCUUAGCUAUGCCUCCAACUGCUAUAAAGACAGAGACAAUGAAGGAUUGCACCCUGCCGCUGUCUUCUAGUAUGCUUCAUGUCCGUUACAAGUUGUCAGCAUGGCCGAUGGAAGAUGGUCGUCUGUAGAUGGGCCGUGUGUGUGUGCUCUCAUAUUUACAACAAGGCCUCCUCUCUAAGUGGAUCACAGAUUUUGUCAGAACCAGCCGUGGAAAAAUCAUCAUCAUUCAACUUUCUUGGUAAAUUGCUCUUUUAAACGGUUUCAGGGCCGUCUCGGUAUUUACAUUCAGUUAGUUUCCUCAGCCUUUAUACUCAGGCGGCAAGGGUGGCUUAGCACCCCAGACUGUGGUGACAUUGAACAACGCAGUUUAUUCUUGUGAAGAAGAGCUCUAUGAUGUUUGAUCCAAUACAUCCCACCAUAAUCUGGUGUCACACGGCACCAAGAUUCAUAUCUCAAUAGAACCUGAACACAAAACAGUAAACUAACCUGACACUGUAGUAAUGUUUAAAAUCUGACCGUGGUUAUUAGUCAUCUGGUGUGUUAUGUCAUUCCAGAUGAAAUCUACAGGUAGAUCAUGAGUUAGAGGACACUGACUGGUGUCCAUGCAAACACAAGCAGGAGGGCCUCCUGACGUCGCAGAGCGGAGAGGGAGCUGUCUCGAGAUACAAGUUGUCGGGUUUUACAGACAGUAAUGUGUUUUCUAGCACUAAACAAAAAUGAGCAGGCAGACUCUUGAAAGAACAUCCCAGAACUUCCCAUAUUUAAUAGCAGUGGAGGCGUAUAGAUGUGGAGAGGGUGCAGUGACAGAUUGUAUGUAUGGAUGCCGCCUUGGACAGAAUAUUCUUAUUGAGUAUAAAAACAUGAUGGAUUGUAUGAUCUUCCUCUUUUAGUAGAGUUGAUUAUCAGUAAUUGGCUAAGAUCUUUUGGCGGCGAAUAAAUGUUUUUAUGAAAUGCAAGACACCUUUUUAAGGACUGCAUCUGUUGGCUUUUAAACAAAGCUUUCUGCUGCAGAUUGUAAUAUGAUUGAGUUAUUCCUUUUAAUCAGAAACUAACCAUUGUUGCAGUGUGGGUGAAUUCUUAACAAUCUAUGUACCACGGCAGAUAAAAUUAUCCGAGACCUUUUUGUGAUUAUUUAUUCGUGUAUUUGCUCUUCGGAGGAGAGGACAUAAGUGAGCGUGUGCAGGGAGCGAGGUGAGCCGCUCUGGAGCCUCCAAAGGGAUGAUCUGCAAGGUUGUGAUCAAUCAGGCACACGGCCAAUGUUUUCUUUUUGCAAUGGGUACUCUGCAUUUCUUUUGUUUUGUUUGUUACUCAUGUGUUAUACUACCUGAUAUGUUUGUAAUAUCUUAGGCUAGUACCAAAAAGUUUUAAGGAUUAUUUUUGUUUGGGUUUAAUUAAUUCAUUAAAGAUUUUCAACCUAA